AGCCCCCCCUCCAAACCCCUCUUCUCUCAUUUCUCCUAUUUAAACCCUCUCACCUACACGUCACCGUCUUCAUCCCCUUCAAUGGUCCUCACCGGAGAACGGUCUCAGUUCAACGGAGGACGACUCGGUAUGAGGCGAUGGCGGGCCAGCUAGUUAGCAGCUUGACUUCACUCAGAAGAGUCUAGUUAGUUACCAUAUAACUAACAAGUAUUCUUUUUUCGAUCUUGUAAAGUUCUGAAGUCUGAACAAAGGUUUUGAUGUCUGAGAUUUUUAGUAAGAGAUCGGUGCUUUUCAUGGUUGUGUUGACUCUGGUAAUUUUGUUUCUUCCGUUGAUGAUGCCGGACAUACCGCCUCCGCCGUUGCUACUUCUCUCCAUUCCCCUUCUAUUAUUGUUUCUUCUCCUUUUCUUGGCCUUUUCGCGGUCCUUGGCCCCCAAUAUCCCUUCUCAACAGUUGUGUUUUAUAUGAACUCUCACUCUAUUGUACGGACAAGGUAGUGAAGCUUAGAUCAAGCAAAUAUGAACAAUUUUGUUGUUGGUGAUGUUAUGUGUAGCUUUCAUUUUUUUUAAUGAAUAUGAAGAUUUGCUUUUACAGAGGAGACAUAUUCUUAUUUUUUUUAAAACAACAGAAAGAAGAGAAGGGGAAAAGGAAAGAGAAGAAAUGAAGUUCAGAAUAUAUAACAGGAAGAAGAAGGAAAUAGCAUCUGCGAGACUGUGUCUCACACGUACCUUAAGGUAAUACUGGGUCAGGUUUUAUAUAUUUGUCAGAUGUGAAUUAAUUUAAUCCUGUCACUUUUUGGUGCUAUAUAUAUUAUAAUCUUUUUCGAAAUAAUAAGAAGAAAUUCUUUCU